UCCCAACUUUAUCAGAGCCAUUUUUGAGGAAGUAACGUCGUCCUCAGAUCAGAUUGACUCAGACUCCAGGACUGAUGAGGGAGAACAAGCAGCUUCUUCUCUCCAAAUGUUUCCUCUACACAUGAAGGUGGAAAGUGUCUGUAAGUCGACCUGAAGUGAGUUCAGCAGGUGGAGGCUCUGCUAUGAAUCAGAGUGAGGACAGAGAGGAGGGAGUCCCUCCCUCUAAAACCACUCUGUGUGGGGAACAUGAGAGCCAGACCAAAGCUCAGAGCCCAGAGCAGCAGAGACCAGACUCUCUUGGACCUGGACCUGGACCUGAUCCUGAUUCCAGCUUUGUGUCCAUGAGGAGUGACAGAUCUAAGGGUCGUCUUAUUGACUUUAAGAGUGGAGAGCAGUCUGAUCUAACCAGCUGUGUGUCCAUGAAGAGUGACCGGUCUAAGGGUCGUCUUAUUGACUUAAAAGAAAACAGAGUUCUGCAGGAGAGCUCAGAGGUUCCCAGUGGUCAGUCCACCGAGCAGCAUCACACAGACUUGGACUCCAUAUUUAUGCCGCUGGAGGAAAACAUUGUCACUUUUGUGAAAAAAGAGCUGAAGAGAGUCCAAAGAGUUCUGAGUCCAGAUUAUGAUGAGGACGUGCUGAACAGUAAGGAGGAGGACCAGACGAGCAGCAGAGAGGCGUUUCUGAAGAUCACAGUGAACUUCCUGAGGAGAAUGAAGCAGGAGGAGCUGGCUGACUGUCUGCAGAGCAGAACUGCAGCUGCAGUGUGUCAAAAUAAACUCAAGUCAAACCUGAAGAAGAAGUUCCAGUUUGUGUUUGAGGGGAUCUCUAACGCAGGAAACCCAACCCUUCUGAAUCAGAUCUACACAGAGCUCUACAUCACAGAGGGAGGGACUGGAGAGGUCAAUGAUGAACAUGAGGUCAGACAGAUUGAAACAGCAUCCAGGAAACCAGACAGACCAGAAACAACCAUCAGACAAGAAGACAUCUUUAAAGCCUCACCUGGAAGAGAUGAACCAAUCAGAACAGUGAUGACAAAGGGAGUGGCUGGCAUUGGGAAAACAGUCUUAACACAGAAGUUCACUCUGGACUGGGCUGAAGACAAAGCCAACCAGGACAUACACUUCACAUUUCCAUUCACUUUCAGAGAGCUGAAUGUGCUGAAAGAGAAAAAGUUGAGCUUGGUGGAACUUGUUCAUCACUUCUUUACUGAAACCAAAGAAGCAGGAAUCUGCAGGUUUGAAGAGUUCCAGGUUGUGUUCAUCUUUGACGGUCUGGAUGAGUGUCGACUUCCUCUGGACUUCCACAACACUGAGAUCCUGACUGAUGUUACAGAGUCCACCUCAGUGGACGUGCUGCUGACAAACCUCAUCAGGGGGAAACUGCUUCCCUCUGCUCGCCUCUGGAUAACCACACGACCUGCAGCAGCCAAUCAGAUCCCUCCUGAGUGUGUUGACAUGGUGACAGAGGUCAGAGGGUUCACUGACCCACAGAAGGAGGAGUAUUUCAGGAAGAGGUUCAGAGAUGAGGAUCAGGCCAGCAGGAUCUUCUUCCACAUCAAGACCUCACGAAGCCUCCACAUCAUGUGCCACAUCCCAGUCUUCUGCUGGAUCACUGCUACAGUUCUGGAGGAUGUGUUGAAAACCAGAGAGGGAGGAAAGCUGCCCAAGACCCUGACUGAGAUGUACAUCCACUUCCUGGUGGUUCAGUCUAAACAAAAGAACGUCAAGUAUGAUGAAGGAUCUGGGACAGAUCCACACUGGAGUCCAGAGACCAGGAAGAUGAUUGAGUCUCUGGGAAAACUGGCUUUUGAGCAGCUGCAGAAAGGAAACCUGAUCUUCUAUGAAUCAGACCUGACAGAGUGUGGCAUCGAUAUCAGAGCAGCCUCAGUGUACUCAGGAGUGUUCACACAGAUCUUUAAAGAGGAGAGAGGACUGUACCAGGACAAGGUGUUCUGCUUCGUCCAUCUGAGUGUUCAGGAGUUUCUGGCUGCUCUUCAUGUCCAUCUGACCUUCAUCAACUCUGGAGUCAAUCUGAUGUCAGAGGAACAAUCAUCAUACUGGUUAAUUGGACUUUUCUCCUCCUUGUGGUCUAAAGUCUUCCCAGACAAACCUGAACCAGCACAUCUCUACCAGAGUGCUGUGGACAAGGCCUUACAGAGUCCAAAUGGACACCUGGACUUGUUCCUCCGCUUCCUCCUGGGUCUUUCACUGCAGACCAAUCAGACUCUCCUACGAGGUCUGCUGACACAGACAGGAAGUAGCUCACAGACCAAUCAGAAAACAGUCCAGUACAUUAAGAAGAAGAUCAGUGAGAAUCUGUCUCCAGAGAAAAGCAUCAACCUGUUCCACUGUCUGAAUGAACUGAAUGAUCGUUCUCUAGUGGAGGAGAUCCAACAGUACCUGAGUUCAGGAAGUCUCUCCACAGAUAAACUAUCUCCUGCUCAAUGGUCAGCUCUGGUCUUCAUCUUACUGUCAUCAGAAAAAGAUCUGGACGUGUUUGACCUGAAGAAAUACUCUGCUUCAGAGGAGGCUCUUCUGAGGCUGCUGCCAGUGGUCAAAGCUUCAAAUAAAGCUCUACUGAGUGGCUGUAACCUCUCAGAGAGAAGCUGUGAAGCUCUGUCCUCAGUUCUCAGCUCCCAGUCCUCUAGUCUGAGAGACCUGGACCUGAGUAACAAUGACCUGCAGGAUUCAGGAGUGAAGCUGUUUACAGCUGGACUGGAGAGUCCACACUGUAAAUUGGAAACACUCAGUCUGUCAGGUUGUCUGAUCACAGAGGAAGGCUGUUCUUCUCUGGCCUCAGCUCUGAGUUCCAACCCCUCCCAUCUGAGAGAGCUGGACCUGAGCUACAAUCAUCCAGGAGACUCAGGAGUGAAGCUGCUGUCUGCUGGACUGGAGGAUCCACACUGGAGACUGGACACUCUCAGGAUGGACCAUGGUGGACCACAGAGACUGAGACCUGGUGUGAGGAAGUACGCCUGUGAACUGGAACUGGACACAAACACAGUGAACAGAAAACUCAAACUGUCUGACAACAACAGGAAGGUGACAUGGGGAGAGGAUCAGUCAUAUCCUGAUCAUCCAGACAGAUUUGAUGACUGUCCUCAGCUGCUGUGUAGAACUGGUCUGACUGGUCGCUGUUACUGGGAGGUCGAGUGGACAGAAGGUGUCCGUAUAUCAGUGACUUACAGAGGAAUCAGAAGAAAAGGAAGCAGUGAUGACUGUUUGUUUGGAGGAAAUGAUCACUCCUGGUGUCUGAGCUGCUCUGAUGGUUACUCUGUCAGGCACAGUAAUAUAAAAACAUCCCUCUCCUCCUCCUCCUCUGUCUCUAACAGAGUAGCAGUGUAUGUGGACUGUCCUGCUGGCUCUCUGUCCUUCUACAGAGUCUCCUCUGACAAACUGAUCCACCUCCACACCUUCAACACCACAUUCACUGAACCUCUGUAUCCUGGGUUCUUGAUAGGGUUUGGUUCCUCAGUGUCCCUGUGUGAUCUGUAGGUGUGAGAGUCUGUGGACAGAAACACUGACGGACUCCAGGUCAGUUGCUGAAAUUAAAGUUGACUCUGUUCACCAUCACACACACUCUGCACUGUGAAGCAGAUCUGUCUCAGACUCAGACUCUAAACAUCCAUUUGUCUGAUUUCAUCACUUUGAUGAUCAACAUUUGAAGACUUUUGUAAAAUGAUUUUCAUUCAGUUUGAUUCAUAUUUUAGUCUCAGUUCACUCUGCUGUUGUUACUGUCAGGAUCCAAUCAGCAGCAUCCAGCUCUCUGCAUGUUUUAUAGAAUGUCAUGUAGAAUGUAAAUUUCUCCAUUGUGGGACUAAUAAAGGAUUAUUUUAUCUUA